CCUGUCUGGGCCUGCUCUCUUCGCGCCUCUAAAUCUACUAGUUUAGAUGGCGUUUUGUACGCGUCAGGUGAUGAGUGCGCCCCCCCCCCCCUCCCCUCUCUCUUUCUCUCCCGCGGCAGAAUAUCUUCAGCUGUGUUUCUCGACUUCUCUAGUGGUAGUGCCGACUUGGGGAUCGCAGGGUCGACGGAGACGGGGAGGGGAAGAAGAUGAAGAACAGCCACAGAGUGGUCAACCCUCCAAUCGGCACGCCGAACCUCGACAUCUCGGGGGGAUCCGCUCUCGACAACUUCAUUUCCUUCGCCUCCCGCACAGAGCCCCCAGCACGCUUAGCAUAGCAUCACUAUAUACCCUCUUCAUUAUAAUCCUCAUAAUUACAUGUGUUUGCCCCCCCCCUUCUAGGCUAAUUAUCACAUAUCAUCUCGUCAUUUCCCUCUGGUUAUUUCGGAGCCCGAGCAUACCACGCAGUAUACAGGGGAGCAAGAUCAUGCAGAGACACCCUCCCCCCCCCCAUCUCGAGUAUGAGGGCAUCUGCCUAGUAGUGUCCGCCGCGUCCGCCUUAUAGUAUUGAUCAGACGUUUUCUCGCAUAAUGCUCUGAAUUGGCGUAUCUCCCCAACGUCAUGUCAUACCUGGGAAGACAUGCCGCGGGUCAAACACCAUUGCUUACCUACGUGCUCAUGCUGCUGCCGCCGCUGCUGA